AUGCUUGCACAAGAUGAGAGGCAAAGGGAGAUAAGUACUCCAGUGCCAUCACAUGAUUCUCAUGCAUUUGCUGUUGAUAGAAGGAGAUACAAUGAUUAUCACAGAGGUGGAUACAGAGGUCAACAAUCUUCUAACACAGGAAGAAGUGCUUAUGGAAAUUUUGGAGGAAAUAAGUCUGCAAAUUUCAGAAGGCCAGUGGCAAGCUAUUUCUGUGAUCAUUGUAAAGUCAAUGGACACAGUACAGAAAGAUGUUUCAAACUGCAUGGGUUUCCACCUGGUUUUACAGGAUUCAAAACUGAUAAGAGAGCAGCUGCAGCAGCAUAUUCAGAUGAAGGGUAUGGAGAUGAUAUGACAGAGUAUCAACAACAAUUUUAUACUCCAGAAAAGGAACCACAACAAAGCCAACCUGGAUUUCUGAUUGCUGAACAAUGUACUCAAUUGUUGAACCUGCUAAAUAAGCAACAACAACAGCCAGACAAGGUCACACCAGAUACUGAGUUUGAAGAAGGAGAUACAUCAGGCCAUGCAUUCAUGGCAGGGCCAUUCAAUGAAAGGGCCACAGGUUCUUGGUAAAAUGAAGUCUGGAUUGUACAGUGUAAAUACAAAUGAAGACAAUGGAGUUCAAUCAGCCACAAGUUGUCUCUCAGCUUCAACUACAACCAAUAAUGCAGA